UGGACCCUGUGCGUGCAGAUGGUGUUACCUGGACCUUGAGCAGCAUCACGCGGAUAUCAAAGGUCUGGUGAAAGGUUGAUGGAACUUUUUGACAAUGGGCAAGAACAAAUUAAGAGGGCAGAAGUCCAGGAAUGUAUUUCACGUAGCCAGCCAAAAGAACUUUAAGUCCAAAAACAAAGCAAAACCAGUCACCACUAAUCUUAAAAAGAUAAACAUUGUAAAUGAUGAAAAAAUUCAUAGAAUGAAUAAUGAUUUUGUAAAUAUUCAGAAGGAACUUGAAAAUUUCUCAAAAGUGCUUACUCUUGAACCACUGGAGAAAGAGCUGAAUCAGCAGCAUCAUGAAAAUGAACCAGUUAAUGUUGAUGAAGCUACAAGAUUAAUGGCUCAAUUGUAAUACAAUGGAGAUGUAUCAAAUUCCCCCCAAAAACUCAAUAAAAUAAGUAUUUUAUA